UUUAUUUUUACAGGGGGAUAUUACUCCGAUGAUUUCGGCUACUUAAGUACAAGCUGCAAGAAAUGCCCAAACGGUUCAUUCGUUGCUUACGAUAGAGCACAUUUUUUUUUUUUCUAUUAUAUUGAUUAGGGUGUUUCGAUAUAGUUUUUCAGAGCGAUACCGAUAUUUUUCAAUAGCUUUAAAAGUGAUUGUAUCCUUGUCUGAUCGCUAUGAAAUUUUCACCCACGAUUGUGUAUAAAUUGACAUUUGUCAAAGUGUAGGUUUUAGUAAAAUCGAUAUUACUAUGACAACAAAAAACAAAAACUUUAAAAUUGAUAAACGCUUAAUUUUGCCCGAUCUAGACCAGCUACUGAAAAUCCGACACUAGGAACUUAGUUUGGUGUUUAGCAAAUAACCUCCGUAAUAAUUAAAAAUUUAUGUAUGUUUAAAUUCGACUAAAACGAAAAUAUAUUUCAAACCUUAAAUUUUCAAUAGCCGUGAUAUAUUGCUUAAUAAAAACGUCAUAAAUGACUCAAAUUAUUCUUAAGUAGCUCAGAAUGCUGCUUAUUAUCAUAUUUCGAUGCUAGGAAACUUUCGGGUAUGUUCGUUUCUGGGAUCUUAAAAACUAACUCGUUUUCUCACCACCUGUCUAAGUGCAACUUCAUUCAAAAUUUGGACUUUUAGCGCUUCUUUGUAUAUCUCUGAAACGACUCGAACGACUAUUUUUAAAAAUCUCUACACAUAAUCUUUAUAAUGUAUAUAAUAAUUUCUGAAACAUUCAUUAAGGUUGAUUCACUGUAACACCUUGAAAUUUUUCAAGACAAACCUAUCCUACGAGCUAGUCAAAAAUCCGCGCUACAACAUUCACUGUUUUGACAUCAUGCUAAUUUUUCCAAAUUAAUGCGGACAAUACAUAUAUCCAUGACUAGUACAUUUCAAUGUGAGUAUUGUCAAUGUUAAUGUAUAGUGCGCAUCAUUUUGGAAAAAUUAGCAUAACGUCAAAACAGCGAAUGUUGUAACGCAGAUUUUUGACAGGUUCGUAGGAUAGGUUUGUCUUGAAAUUUUAAGAUGUUGCAGUGAAUCAAUCUCAAUGAAAGUAAGUUUCAGACCUUAUUACAGGUAUUAUGAAGAUUAUGUGAAGAGAUUUUAAAAAAAUUCGUUCGAGUCGUUUCAGAGAUAUACAAAAAAGCGCUAAAAGUCCAAAUUUUGAAUGAAGUUGUACUUAUACAGCUGGUGAGAAAACGGGUUAAUUUGAAGAUCGAAAAUAAACCAACAUUUCCUAGCCUAAUAAGGAUGAUAUUAAGCAGCAUUCUGACACUACUUUAGAAUAAUUUGAGUCAUUUAAAACGUUUUUAUUAAAUAACCUAUCACGGCUAUUGAAAAUUUAAGGUUUAAAAUAUAUUUUCGUUUUAGUCGAAUUUAAACAUACAAAAUUUUUUACUUUUUUCGGAGAUUGUUUGCGAAACACCAAACUUUAAGUUCCUAGUGUUGGAUUUUCAGUAGCUGGUCUAGAUCACACAAAAUUCGGCUUUUAUCAGUUUCAAUUUUUUUGUUUAUUGUUGUCAUAGUAAUAUCGAUUUUGCUUAAAACUACAUUUUCAUAAAUUUCAAUCCAUAGCCAGUCACUGGUGAAAAUUUUACAGCGAUCGGACAAGUAAAAAACCACUUUUAAGGCGAUUAAAAAAUAUCGGUAUGACCUCUGAAAAACUGUAUCGAAACACCUUGAAAGAUACAGCAAAACCAGGGAUUAAUGAUGCAUUCAUCUUUCUUUAAUCUCAAAGCCUCGGAGCCAAGGUAUGAGUUUUGAUGCAUCAAAAAUUAUUCUACAGUGGAAUAUACAAUUAGCCUAACUCGGACCAGUGGGGGAAAAAGGCAAAAAACGGGGUAAAAUACGAAAAAUAACGGCGAGUGAAGAAAGCCGAGCGGUCCUGUCCCCAGACUACCUAUCGGCUCGCUUCGCUCGAGUAAUUGAUUUAUUUUCAUUUGAGUAUAAUGGCUUAAGAGAAUGAUCUAUGUUGAUUUUUUAAAUUUGUUUAUAAUGGCUAACAUCAUAACAUCAGUUGAGACUACCCAAAAUUGCAAGUCCAAAAAUACCGAAUGUUGCCUUACAAGGUGUUUCGAUACAUUUUUUGCAGACCAUACCGAUGUUUUUCAAUCGCCUCAAAAAUGAUGUUAUCUUUGUCCGAUCGUCACAAAAUUUUCACUAAGAUUAUCAAUUAAAGUUUUUCAAAAAUACAGUUUUUGGUAAAAUCAAUAUCACUAUGACAACAAUAAACAAAAAACUUUAAAAUCGAUUAAAUCCGAAUUUCGCGCGAUCUAGACCUGCUACUGAAAAUCCGACACCAGGACCUAAAAGUUUGGUAUUUAACAAAUAACCUCCGAGAGAAGUACAAAAUUCUGUAUGUUUAAAUUCAAAUAAAACGUAAGCAUAUUUCAAACCUUAUAUUUUCAAUAGCCGUGAUAAAUAUUAUAAUAUAAAAAUUCUAAAUAACUCAAAUUAAUCUUAAGUAGCGUCUGAAGGCUUUGAUCCUGAAAACUAUUAAACUGUUUUCUCACCACCUGUCUAUGUGCAACUUUGUUCUGAAUAUUGGCUUUUAGAGCUUUUCUGUAUAUUUUUAAAAAAAUGGCUCCACAGAAUUUUUUUUACCCUCACCACACAAUCUCCAUGUUGUAUAUAUUAUUAAAAUAUCUGAAACUCUCAUUGAUCGCAAGAAAGGAAAUACACUAAACUUUCCAUGCAUCGAAAUAUGACGCUACUGACGCUAGAUUAAUUUGAGUUCUUUAGAACUUUUUUAUUAAACAAUUUAUCACGGCUUUUGAAAAUAUAAGGUUCGAUAUACAUUUAAGUUUUAUUUGAAUUCAAGCAUACAGAAUUUUUUCCGUCUCACGGAGGUUAUUUGCUAAACAUCAUACUUUAAGUUUCUGGUGUCGGAUUUUCGGUAACAAGUCUAGAUUGUGCGAAAUUCGGAUUUAAUCGAUUUUAAAGUUUUUUGUUUAUUGCUGUCAUAGUGACAUUGAUUUUACUAAAAACUGCAUUUUGGCAAACUUCAAUUCAUACUCAAUCACUGGUGAAAAUUUUGCGGCGAUCGAACAAGGAUAAAAUCACUUUUAAGGCGAUUGAAAAACAUCGGUAUGUUCUCCGAGAAACUGUAUCGAAACACCUUAAAGAGUCAAAAAUGCUAUUCGGGGAGUGGGGAAAAAAGCGUCGAGAAACUUGGUAAAAUUUCCGAGAACUGAUCUUUGUUGACUUGCAAGUUUUGCGUCUUUGGGAAUACUAGAGUAGCAUUUAAGUAUAGCUCGUGAUAAAAGGUGAUUUGUUCGGCAUGCGGAUAUGUGAUAUACCUAGUCUUGAAUGGUGCCUCUCUCUCGCAUGGUUUAUUAACCAGGAUUUUUAUUCUUAUUAUAAAUGUUUUAUAGGUACGGAAACAGAUUUCUUUGCCGGACUUCGAGGCUGUCGUUGUUUGGAAAAUCAUUAUCGAACCAAUAUGUUUAAAGAAUGCAAAAAAUGCGAAGUAGGAUUGGAAUGCAAGGAUGAUUACGCAACCUUGAAAUCCGGUUAUUGGUGGAGUUGGAGGAUCGAGUCUUACAAAGAGCAUUACCGACAUUUCUUAAAAAAUCUUUUGACAUCUACACCAGCAUUAGGAAAAACCGAUGUACAAUAUCCUCACCCAAUACCCACGCCAUACAGAUGUCCACUAGAAGAAUCCUGUGAAGGUGGCUUAGAUUCUCGUUGCAAGAUUGGUUACGAAGGCCCACUUUGUAGUGUCUGCAGUUCACGGUAUUAUAAACAGUUCCAUUCAUGCAAGAGAUGUCCAUCGAUGACUUGGAUAGCUGGGCAGUUGUGUAUCAUUGCUGCGAUUAUUUUGAUAAUCGUUGCAUUUUCUGCGUGGUCAAAAAAGGUGAAAAACGGGAAAAAAGAAGGAAAACACUCAUUAACAGACACGUUUUUAUCCAAGAUCAAGAUCGUUAUCGGCUUUUAUCAGGUCACCAAUGGUUUGCUAGAUGCAUUCUCUUACAUAUCAUGGCCGGAUUCUCUUCAAUUGAUUGGCAAGUAUUCAGCCAUUCUGCAGCUGGGCGUUCUUGAAAUAGCGCCAGUUAGCUGUAUUUUUGAUGGAUUGCAUGUUGACGCUUUUGGAAACCUUCUUGCGAUAAUGACAAUAAAUGCCUGUUUGAUCGGAUUUGCUUGGAUAAUUUACUUUUCCCGUAAAGCUAUCAUUUCGCAAAAUCGUCGUUUAGAAGAAGAGGAAAUGUACCACAAAAUUUCAGAACUAAAAGAAACAGUUUAUAGAAACUUGUUUUUUGCCCUGUACGUGACAUACCUAAGCACAUGCUCUAAAGUAACCUCCGUCCUGCCAAUUGCUUGCUGGAAAUUAUGUCAGGACAAAGAAGACGAGAACUGUUCUGAGUAUCUGAGAGCAGAUUACAGCGUAAAGUGCGAUGAUUCAAGGUAUAAGAACCUGGCAAUUACUGCCUACCUCUCAGUUGUCUAUAUCAUCGCACUACCAGUUGCGACUUUUAUCUCUCUUUGGAGAUGUCGAAGAAGCGAAAACUCCGCAAACGGCAAGAUAUCUGAGGGUCGCGACACGGAAUUGGUUAGAGGGCUGAGUUUUCUAUUCGAAGACUACAAAGACCGUUCCUGGUAUUGGGAAAUGGUUGAGAUGUCUCGGAAAAUGAUCGUUACAUCGGGUCUUGUCAUGGUGGGGAGCGAAACAAGGUCUUAUGUUGGCUUGACCUGGAUCAUUGGAGGAAUGUAUGGGAUACUUUUUUCCUGUGUCAGGCCCAUCCAAGAUGAUUCUCAGAACAGACUGAUGACGGCAUCUCUUGCAGUGACUAUUUUAAACUUGGGAAUUGGAGCUGUGAGUAGGAUUCCCGCAGAGAACCUACCUGCUUCAGACAUUACCGACAUGAACAGUGUGGCUUUCGACAUAUUGAUUCUCGGAGCAAAUACUCUCGUUAUGGGACUUUUGAUUCGUAAGAUGUUUUUCUUUUACUUAAAUUGUACUACUUAAUUAAGGUGGCUUGAUAGAGUUUUUCAGGGGCAAUACCUCCCAAGUUUUGAGUACAAACUACGACGCCACGUUAACAAAGAUUUGGACAAAUUACCACCACAACUGUAGAUAAAGAUGAAAAUUUGUUGCGAUCAGGGUUACAAUAACAUCGGAGUUGUCAUAGCAACGAAUUGACGCCAUUACCUGUUCUUCCAAAACAGUUCACGGCAUCUUUUUCCUCUUAUUACCGCCUCGAUGUUCGUGAUGUUUAAUCGUUAUCAGCAUAUUUUUGGAAGAGGUUUGUUGGAAGAAAUUUCCGACAAAAAAUUAGCAAAUUGUAGCUCUUAUUUGACUUCCUUAUAAGAUUUCAGUAAUCUUGAAACUCAAAGAUUAUUUAAAAUGACGAUUUAUUUCGAGAAUCUUUACUUUUAAAAAAACAGAUUUCGCUUAAACUUCAAGAACAUCGAGAUGCCUGUUAGAGAAAACCGCCUCCGUGAACGGUUUUGGAAGAACAGUUCACAGUUCCGCGAAAUACUGCGUCCUUUCGUUGCUAUGCAACUCCGAUGUCAUUUUAAGCCUGAUCGUAACAAAUUUUCAUCUUUAUCUAACACGGCUGUGGUGGUGAGAUUUUCAAAUCUUUGAGGUAUUGACCCUGAAAAACUCUAUCUGGGCUGGGUGGGUUAUCUGUAAGGACACUCUAAAAUUGGAUCUUCUCUCUGUUGUUUAUUCUGCACUAUAUGGUGGAAGUGAUUUUCAUCAUAAUUAAUUCGGCUCUCGCGUACUAAACAACCUUCCACGUGUAUCCAUAAUUUGAUCGUUAUACUCCAACUGUCUUUGUUGUUUUUUUCUUUUUGUAUAGUUAACUAUACAGAGCAAUUGUAUGUUUUUGUUAAGGAAUGGCGCAAAAAUCCACAAUGGUCAGUCUCUUGCUGCUUGGCUUUUGUUCUUCCUCUACUUUCACUGCCGGGAGAAAUAAGUAGCUUGACAAGUACGAACGUCCUGCGCACCCAGCUGGAUUCAGGACAGAUGGAAAUGAGCACUAUUGCAGGUGCCGUAAAGGAAAUUGGCGUAACUGAUAUCACUCUUGGCGAAAACGACGGCGACGGAUUUGAGCAGAAAGAUCAUCCUCCCAAACAGAUUCAGAACAUUAAAGAGAGAAAUGACCAAAGCGUACAAACAGCGAUAAGGACACCUACCUGA